GAGAUUCCGGUCUCUACUCAUCAAUAUCGAGCUCUGCCCUCUCUCUCCCUUCUCUCUCUCUCUUCGUUGCUUUCACGUCUGUCCUUGAAUUCAUAUAUAUAUAUACACACAUAUAUGUACGCGAAUCAAUCGUCUUCAGAUUCAAUCUUCAUAAUCUGGAGCUACUUUCCAUGAAUCUUCUCUCUCUCUCUCUCUCUCUCUGGUCCCGCGAGAGACGAUGAUUCAUGACACAUCUUCAUAUAGAUCUUCGUUUCUAUCGAGUUGAGACUAAAAAAAUCUUAAAACCUUUGGUUUUGAGUCCUUCUCUCUCUUCUACUCCGUAAAUCAGAUGGCACAAUGUCGUUUGAUUUUGCUCUUCGCUUCGCUUUCGUGUCUCGCUGUUGCUAUCGUCGACGCAAGUGCUGGUGAUUCUGAUCCGAUUUACAAAGCUUGUGUUGAGCAAUGUGAGAAGACUGGAUGUGCAGGGGAAAAAUGCUUCCAACAUUGUAAAUUCUCUUCUGAUGGGGUCCCCAUUGAUGGUCCAUGGUAUCUACAAGAACCACUCUAUCAGCGUUGGAAACAAUGGGACUGCCGCAGUGACUGUCGAUAUCAAUGUAUGCUUUCUAGGGAGGAAGAAAGGAAGAAAUUAGGUGACACACCUGUUAAGUAUCAUGGCAAAUGGCCAUUCAAGCGCGUUUAUGGAAUCCAGGAACCUGUUUCUGUAGCUCUCUCUGCUCUUAAUCUUGCCAUGCAGUUUCAUGGUUGGGUGUCCUUUUUCAUCCUUGUUAACUAUAAGUUGCCUUUAAGACCAAAUAAAAAGACAUACUAUGAAUACACGGGCCUGUUUCAUAUCUAUGGGCUUUUAGCGAUGAACUGUUGGUUAUGGAGUGCUGUUUUCCACAGUCGAGAUGUGGAUUUGACAGAGAAGCUAGACUAUUCAUCUGCUGUGGCAUUACUUGGAUUUUCCCUCAUUGUGGCUAUAAUGCGAGCUUUUAAUGUGAGAGAUGAGGCUACAAGGGUAAUGGUUGCUGCUCCGCUGAUUGCAUUUGUGACGACUCACAUCUUGUAUUUGAAUUUUUACCAACUCGAUUAUGGUUUGAACAUGAAAGUUUGCUUGGGAAUGGGUUUAGCUCAGCUUCUCAUAUGGGCUAUCUGGGCCGGUAUUACCUGCCAUCCAUCACGCUGGAGGUUAUGGAUAGUUGUGAUCGGAGGAGGUAUUGCCACGCUGUUGGAGAUAUACGACUUUCCACCAUACUCAGGAUUUGUGGAUGCUCAUGCUCUCUGGCAUGCCACCACCAUCCCUCUCACCUACCUUUGGUGGAGUUUCAUCAGAGAUGACGCAGAGUUCAGAACAACUACUCUCAUCAAGAAGGCAAAAUAGCAUUUCCUUCUGUGAUGAAUUGUAUCGACUUAUGACAUGUUUACCUAUUUAUUAGUUUAAUCAAACAUAUGCUCUCUUUUUUUCUCGCACGUGUCUGAAUAGCAUUUCUCCGAAAUGGUUAUCACGGCGAGUUUCUUCUUUUCAAAUUCAGUUUGUUGAUGCUGGACGUAUUGUUUGUUUUCACAUGAUUGUUCAACAGGUGUUGGCUAAUGAAAUUUCAAAUUUUCAGUUGUCAGUA